CUCUCCCUCUUAUUAACCUGCCAAUGAUAUAACCAAUUAAUGCACUAUACAACCCUUGUUCGAUGGUGGUGUGAUUGGGCCUAUUAUGGUCUUAUUACCACUGCUUUAUGUCCAUGAGUUGCCUAAUUAUACCUGCUCUUAACAUCUAUAAUGUGUUGAAUGUCUUUGAUGGUAUGUGAAUUAGUUUGGAUGAUGAGAUUGUGCUAGAGAAUAUGUAUGUUGUUGUUCCUAACUCUGAUAGACCUAUGCCUAUUUCUGUCGUUCACAUUCCUAAUAAAUUAUCUUCAUCUUCCCCAAGUCCUUGGACCAGCCCACACUCAGUUUUAGGAUGCAGCCCAACAUAUUCACCUCAUAACCCAUCCUAUCAUCCGUCUCAAUGGCUUGACCUUAUGGUUAGUCCAGUGGCAGAUCAUUCCAAGUCACUGCCAGGCCAGUUAGCUCUGACAAGUGCCAAACGCAUGAUUCGUGGUCUUCCCUUAGUGAGACGCAAGAGAAGUUCCACAAUAACACAACACCCUCCAGUUUACUUGCAGAGAAAUACAUCCCUGCCACAUGCAAAUUGCUCUAGAACCUUUGGCUGUCGCAGACCUCACAAGGCUAGAGGGCCCUGGCCAGUGCAUGGUUUUCAACACAGACAGCAACCCAUGUCUCCUACUUGGACAGGUGUGCGACAAGAUAGCAUAGAGUCUCUGAGAGCUGGGCUUCGUAAGACAGCUCAGAAAGUUAUGAGGCUUCGAGGACUUGAAAAGUCACAAAGCUUUGAUGUUAGUGGAGUUUAUUGUGGAAAAUCUGCAAGUAAAAGUUCUCAAAAAUCUGCUCCUAAAGUACAUAGCCCUAUGGUAAGACUGUUGGGUCGAGGUCAGUCAUGGGUGAAGCACCAAAAUGUAAGAGAUAAGAAUGAGGGUUCCAUAACUUCUCCAGAGGACUCAAAUGAAGACUAUGAUCUUGAUUCUCCUGAUGUAGAAGUCAUAGGCCUGGAUGAAGAGGAAGUUAGUCAGUAUUCGGAUGAAGAAGACAUUGGUCCUGAAGUAACCAAUAUAGAGUACUCAUAUAAGACCUUAUCAACAGCCUUUUCAGAUCCAACACUGAAUAAGAGCAUUUAUGCUAAAGAAAGUUUUGCUGAAAAUGAAACUUCACCAGGACCGUUGCAAUUUAUCUCUUCAGAUGAAGAUACAUGUAGUUCAGAGCUAACAUCAAAUUUCAGCAGUCCAGAACAUGUUGUAGGGUUACCAGGAAGUGAAAUCCCAACACUAGGUACCCCACAAAAAUUUUUCAUCAGUGAGGAAGAGCUAGCUUCACAAAGUUCUAUUGAGAGUCAUUUUACAGGUCCUGUAGAUGUUAAUGACUUGCACCGGGGUUUGACCCGUUCUUUGAGUGACUCAAUCAGGUCCUGCAGUGAGAUGUGUGGAUCCGCAACACCUGAUGCUGAAUUUGGGCUUACAUCACCUGUUGUGCCUCAGCUGGGUAAUGCUAUUCCUUAUUGUGAAAAAUGCAAUACAUUCUGCAAUAAAUGUACAAGUUUUGAAGAACCUGUUGUUGAAGGUUUAAAUCAUGAAAAUGGAGAAAGACAAUGUGAUAAUGAGGACACAAUGCUGGAGAGGAAGAGUGGAUUGUGUAUGAUCACAACAGCCCAAGAAUUCAUCCAGUCCGAGAGAGAGAAAAACAUUAUUUUAGAAGAAUCCCAGCAAGAAGAAAGACUGGUUGUUACAUCCGGUUUGGAUUAUAACAAUAAACCAGAGAUCCUUAGUCUUGAACUUCUUCCUGUAAGAGAACCAUUUUUAAAACAAAAUGAUGAACAAAUGACCCAUGUGAACACCAGCCCAUUACCUGAUAUUGCAGUUACUCCUUCAACUCCCAUUCUUCCUGCAAAAACAAAGGUAUUUACACUUCCACACUUACAGCAGGGAAAUGCUGCAUCAGACAAUGACAACUGCAUAGAGGUAGAUGCAACAAAUAAGAGGCACUCGUCUUCUCUGUGUAUAUCACCCUGUGUAAAUGUACAGAAUAGCCUUCCUGUGUCCACUUCAAGCCCAGCUCUAACCAGUGGUACAUCUCAAAUACCAAAUACCAUACAACCACAUUAUUUGAAACCUUCAUCCACAUCAUCCUCAUUCAGAUCCUCUGUUUCUGCAUCGUCAAAUCUGUCCUCAUUGUCUUCCUCUUCCUCUUCCUCAUUUCAUCAUGUAGCAAGUAGUCAGAGCAUGGAUAGCAGAGACUUGCUUCAGUGUGCUUUAGAUGUAGCAGCUAAGUGUCCCUCCCAUCCUGUGUACAUCUCUAGCCUAGACAUGUUAGUGGAGGCCCGGCCCGGCUCAGCAUCGAUGGUAGGCUCCCCGAAGCGCUCGUCUCGUAGUCGCCAUACUAGUGGCUGUUACCCCGUGUCCAGGAGCCCCUUACCCAUUGAGAGUGACGGAUCCAAGAAUGAGGCUGGUUCAGUGGGAUGUGCUGCCACCAAUGGAAGCAUACCAACACACUCCCCAACGCAUUCAGGAAAGCUGGCCAGCCCUGCACGAACACCGGGAGUCUCUAUCAACAGACGCUCAUCUGAUUCUGACCUUUCCAUCACUCCAAAGGGUGGUAGCCUAGCAGGUAGUGGUGGAUCAUCAGGUGGAGGUGGAGGGGGCAAGGGGGGGACAAUGACUGGAAUUCACCGACCUAUAAUGACACAGGAUUCUUUUGAUCUACUUGAAUACCCCUUCCUCACCAUGAAAAAUUUCCCAACUGGAUUCAUCCUACAUCUUGGUGGAACAGUGAGCGCUCGAUCGGUGAAGCUGCUUGACCGCACUCACACCCCAGAGGAGUUAGAGACACGGGACAACUGGUGGACACAACUGAGGAUGGAAAUCCGCUCACAUGCCCGUGCUCUUGCAUGCAAUGUUGUCCUUGGAUAUGAGGAGUUUACCACAAUUAGUGAUGAAGUGUGUGUGCUCAAUGCAACUGGCACUGCUGCCGUGAUCAGCCUACACUACCUUGAUACUGAUACUGGCAUGGGAAUGCAUGGCAAUGUAAGGACUCAUAGAGAUCCAAUGACUCUGUCACUGGACCGGAAAGACUUUGAGCAGCAGCAACAAGUACAACAGCAGCAGCAACAACAACAACAGCAACAACAACAACAACAACAACAACAACAUCAGCAGCAACAGAUGCAGCAACAACAACAACAGCAGCAGCAGCAGCCACAACCACAGCAACAAUUGCAGCAACAUGUUCAUAUACCGCAGCCUUCAGGAAAAUCGUCAGUGAAGGAGCCUUACACAGGCUCACAAUUCAUGAUACGAAACACCAACACAUUUCCAAAACGCCGGACUACAAAACAAUAUCUUACACAGAUGCAUGUUCAGAAGACCUGCAUGAGCCGCAGCCAUCCCUGCAUCGAGGAUGGCUUUUCGGGAGAUGGGGGUGGAAGCAUGACCUCACAGCUUCCUCCGCCACCUCCGUCAGGCAUCAGCUCUUCAGUCUACCACACCCCGCCCACCACGCCUCCUUGUACCAUGUGCCACGUCCCUUAUUCAGAGACUUCACUGCCCUUCCGAGUCAAGAUUACAAAAUGUGUGGUAUGCAGAAAAGGAAAGGUGCCUGACGUUUUGUUCACUACUCUAGAGCCACCUGCAGGGAUGCCAAUUACAGGGAGAGGUUGUCUGAUCCAGGCUCGAGUAGCAAGACCUAAGCGUGACUUGAAAGGGGAACUUAAUGCAAAAGAAAUCUCUGAUUCAUUACCUUUUCUUGAAUACGAGUUACAUAAGCAGCUAAUGAACAAAAUGAAGAUCAAGGGCAUGAAUGCACUCUUCGGUCUGCGAGUGCGAGUAACAGUAGGAGAGCGUCUCAUUGUAGGUGUUGCAACAGCAACAGCAGUAUUUCUGACUGCUCUUCAGCCACCACCAGUCCCAAGGGUAACAUCUGCAAGCUCUUGCCGGGAGGAGGAAAGACGUAGAGUGGAUGUUCAGAAACUUCUUCUUAGUACAAUAGCCAGAAACAAGGAAUGUUAUGGCACCAAGCACAUCAUCUCCGAUACCAUGGGAGAUGAGAUGAAUGGUGGUCGUGGAUCAGAUUCUGAGGACUCAGAAGAUGAUCUUCCUGAGAUUGAUCUUUCCUCGGGCAACAAAGACACCUGUGUUUUAGAGCUGGAUGAUAUGGAAGAUGCAGAGAUGAUUGGAAUGCUGGUGGAAGGUUGUCAGCCCGACCGUCUUGUGGCAGUGUCAACAGAGAUUCCACCAGGGGUCCCCAGAGAAAACAUAGUGAGGAACUUGCAGAUGUUCACCAGGGUUUGGAGAGCAAAAGUUCCUGCUACAAUGAAUCAUAGUACCUUCAAUCAGUAUUUUGACAAAAUUCUACAGAGUGUGUACUUCAAAGUCCGCAAACUGGCGCCCUGCAUACUAGCAGGCUUGCAAAUCAAUGUAGAGCUGCCAGAGGAAGACGAGUUACAAAUUAGCCUUUUAGGAAUGGUCCUUGGGGAGGGAAACCCAGCACAGUCAGUACAAGGUGGUUCACAGUCUGGGACUCUGGAUGUGCCCUUCAAAAAGUCUAAGCAAGAUGAUGGGGAAUUGAUAUUCAAAAUGGAGGAACUUUUACCCUCCAGUGAUGAUAGUACAAAGCAUAAGCCUCCAACUCACCCAGCCCAGAAUCUCGUGAUGUCCAAGCAAUCCACAUCAUCAAUAACAACUGUGCCAUCAAUGCCAUCUAUUUCAUCCGUUGUAUCCAUGAGCUCCUCCACUUCCUCAGCACGGUCAUCCACCAGAUCCAGGAAUGAACAGAAAUAUAUAACUUAUCAUCAACCACCAAAAGAGAGAUAUGGAGUAGAGAUCACUCCCUUGUCUCACAUUCCUGGGGCUCGAAUAGAAAGACAUCUAGGAAACCUCAAUUUCUUCUUCAUUAGAGAAUCUACUAGUAUUAAGGAGUGCGGUGGUCUGAGUGGCUUCAUGGGAAGUUUUGUGACUGAGGUCUUAGCCUUGGUACGUGCGCAUGUUGCAGCUUUGGGUGGUAAUGCCAUGAUUGCUUACUUCAUGUCGGAGUGCGUUUUGCUUCAUAAUCCUUACAAAAAUCAGGGUCAAUGUUUAAUCAACGUUGGAGGUGAUGUUGUUCAGGUUGUAUACAGCGCAGCUACAGCACUCCCAGAGGCUUCAGCGGAAGAGUAACAUAAAAAUUACACUUGGAAAGCUUCUGUUUACAUAUCGAAUCCUUUUACGAGAUUAUAGUGGAUGCUAAAGAAAUAUUUUAACAAUAAGUUAUAUAAAAUAAGAGUAUAUUAAUUUGAAAACAAAAGUUUUGCAAGUAUUUGUUAAAUAUGAAUGUUAUGCAAAUGAAGAAGAAAUGUUUAUUUUUUGCUAUUAAACGUAUUUGUGUUCCAAAAUAUAUAUAGUUUUUGUUAUAAGUAUACAAAUAUAAAGGAAUAAUUAUUGUCAUAAAAGAAAUUGACUUUUAAAUAAUGAAUAUAAUUUUCACUCCUUUUACAAUGGUCAGAGCAGCUGAAUAUGUUUAAAAGGAAAUGUUAAGAUGUGAAGUUGAUAUAUGAUGAUAGUCUUCUAAGAUGUACAGGUUUAAUGUUAACAACUGCAGAUAUAUUACAAAUAUGUCUCAUGUAUUACUUGAAAUUCAUUUUUAAACUUAAAAGUUUAGAACAGUCCAAUUGUAAAUUAGAUAUAUGUAUAUAUUUGAAUUGUUGUGCAUGUGUAAGUAUUAUACACAUCUGUAUAUAUAUUACUGUUUACUAUUUUAAUAAUAUUUCUUACCUAAAUUAGUUGAUACUAACAUUCUGAGAGACUAAUAAAGUUCUCUGUAUCUUAGAUGCUUCCAGUGGAAUUAUAGCACUGACUUGAGAAUAUAAAAUGCCAACAUAUACAUUAAUAUAAAUGCAGGGAUAAUUACAAAAUUAUUACCAAGUUGAAUGAAAUUAAUAUUUGAGAGUGUUUGAGCAGUGAAGUGAUGCAUUACUUGGUAAGCAUUACAACUUGUCCUUGUGAAAAUGCCAUAAAUGUGAUAGAAUGCUCAGUAAGGUAUCCCUUACUCAUUCCUGACUCAUGUCCCAACGAAUAUGAUAAAUAUGUGCUGAGUAGGCACAUAAACAUAUGCAUUCAUAGUCUGAUACAUUUUCCUAAUUUAUGUUGUAUAUAUUAUUUAGUCUAAUGAGUGUUAGUUAUUUAAUUUGCAACUGUAUCCUAUAUCAAGUGUUUUUUUUUUUGUUUGUUUGUUUUACAAAGAUCAUUUUUCAUACUGUAAAAAUUUGGUGAAGGUAUAAAGAUCUAAUUGUGACAUUUCCUGGCUUGAAGGAGACAUAACACGCUGCAUUCCUCGCCAAGAACAUGAAAAGAGUCAUUGCAAAUUGUUCUUACCUUAGUGACUUAAUGAGGGAUUAGAAUGCUUGUGACUUGGUAUCCAUUUUGUAAUUAAUUAUGUAAUACCAUAAUCCCCUCUGUAUAAGAUGAUUAUUGUGGACAUGAUACUGUGAUAUUCUUAUAGAAUACAUAUUGUAUAGCAAGUGUGGAGCCAAUACUGGAUUUAGGGGCUUCAUCCAUUCACAUAGAUAAUUAUUGGAAGGAAUUGUAAUAUAUAAAAAUUCUCUGGAAACUUGGUAAUGUGCCUAUGAUCUAGCUAUAGAGAGGAAAUUUCUUUAGUAUAUGAGAUUAUUUGCUGAUCUGAACCUGGAUAUUUUGUGGCAUUAAAAAAUGUAAAUGUUUUGGGUAAUGAAUAGCAUAGAUUGACUUCUUGUAUAUAGAGUAUUUUCACAUUUUGUAUUUUUAUGAUAGCAUAGGUCCAUCUAAUGCAAUUAGAAGUUGUUAAGAUAUGUUACUAUAGUACCACAUCAAUAAUUACUGAGUGCCAGUCUUUUGAAAGUUAUCCAUAAAAUGGUGGUGGUUGUGGGAACAUAAUGAGGUACAUCACUCUAUUUGGUCGUAUAUACCAUUAAACAGAAUCUCGUCUUUAUGGAUCUACAAGGCUUUUAAGCUCUUUGUCCAGUUCGCUAUUUCCUUCACUUGUGGAUAUUAUAUAUUCACUCAUGUUAUAAAGGGGGUAAACAUUUAUGCUGGUUUAUAUUACCAGCUUUGAAUUACCAUAUUUUAUUGCUACUCUAGACUAUAUUUAGUAUAAAGUUAAACUUAAACUCCUCUAUCAACAUCUUUCAAGACAUUUAUAUAAUUAAAUCAGUAUGCUUUGUGCAGCAUUUGCCAUCAUGGGUCUGUUUCAACGAUUACUUGGCCAUGCUAUAUGUUAUGCUCAGCAAAAUUUGUCUUCAUUUCUUAGUGGUGUUAAUAACAAGGAAGCAAUACAAUAUGUAGAUAAUUUAAAAUAACUAUGUAGAAUUUUUGCUCAAUUUAUUGUUACACAUCGACAUCUGCAUCUUCACCAGUAGGUGUAUAUUUCAUUCUCUUAUCCACUUAUCCUUAUUGGAUAAGUAAACAGGCCCAGACUCACACCUGCUAUCA